AUGAAAGGCCAAUCGGAAGCUGUUGAUGCCGAGGGAGGAGCUGGUGAGGAGAGCGACGGUGAAGCUGCUGCCGCCGGUGGUUCGGGAGAGGAUGAUGGCGAAGGCGAACAGGAGAACGAGGCCAACAGCAACAGCAAGGCCAAGGGGGGAGCAGGUGCCGGUGAAGAGGACGAUGACGGGGAAAAUGAUGCUGCCAACGGGCACGAUGAUGAGGACGAUGACGAUGAGAAUGAGGACGAUGACGAUGAGAAUGAGGACGGAGACGACCCGGAUGUAGCUGAGGACGAGGAUGAGGAGCCAGAGGAUGAAGACGAAGAAGAACUUCAGCCUCCGAAGAAGAGAAAUAAGUGA